AUGGGCAGGAGGUGGUAUUUCGACGUGAAAGACGGCUACUGCCGCAGCUACAUCUCCUGUCCAGUGUACGGCAAUAACUUUGCCGAUGAGGAAACCUGCAACUCCGCCUGUCGGCCAAAGCGUAUUUCUGAAGUAUGCAGGCUACCAUUGGACUAUGGUGGAUGUUCUAACUUUCUUCCACGUUGGUAUUACAACACGGACAGACGCAGAUGCGAACAGUUCUCCUAUGGUGGCUGUUUCGGUAAUUCAAAUCGCUUCCUAACCAAAUUGGAAUGCGACAAUGCGUGCACACAUAAUGACGUUUGUGGACUCCCGAAACCGAAGGAUGCAGAAGGAAAUGAGCCCUCUACAUUGCGAUACUUUUUCAACCAAACAACGGGAGAGUGCGAAAAGUUCUUUUUCAGCGGAAAGAUUCCCCAAGGAAAUAACUUUGCUAACGAGGCCACCUGUCAUAGUGUCUGCAUCUCAUCACCCAAUCUUCUACCCAUUUCUGUGAAGGUAAACAAAAUGGCCAUUUCCAUGGCUCGUCUUGCUACAAAGUUUGGCCAUGUGGUUCUGCAUCCACUCCUAUCAAGAGGUCACAAGUCGACCUGCCUCUCUUCUACGCAGUUACUGAGCAUUCUCAAAAACGAGACCAUCCAAAAUUGCCAUCCUGGCGGAACAGUAACAGAGCUGGCCUAUGCGUACGACGCUGCCUCCGUCACAUGUGUCCCCACGAUGAUUUACGUGUGUCUAGACUAUCCCAACGAGCCCUACCGCAUGAAGAUUUUGGGCAGAUCGCUUAUCUUUGAGAGUCAAGCACACUGCGAAAAUGAAUGCCUUCGGUCUGAAAGAUGA